AUGAAUCAUGGACUCAGGCGCGGAGCACAACACAUAGCCAAACAAUGCAGUCGCCAAACCUUGCUCACUCAAACCCGACGAUAUGUCUCUGACAUCGUCAAAAAGGAGUGGUCAACACCCCUGGCCAAAACACUCGCCGAUGCCAUUAGGACAACCGGACCAAUUUCUAUAGCAGCGUACAUGCGACAAGUCCUCACGAACCCCGACGCUGGAUACUACACAACACCGAGCUCACAGAGCGGCACAGAAGUAUUCGGCACAAAAGGUGAUUUUAUAACAUCGCCGGAAAUCACACAGGUAUUCGGCGAGUUGGUUGGUCUAUGGACGAUUACAGAAUGGAUGGCGCAGGGGAGACCGAAAACCGGUGUCGAGCUUAUCGAGGUUGGACCAGGGAAAGGCACGUUGAUGGAUGAUAUAUUACGGACUAUUCGCAAUUUCAAGACCUUUUCGUCGAGUAUUGAAGCCGUAUACCUCGUUGAAGCUAGUGCGUCGCUGCGGGAGAUCCAGAAGAACCUGUUAUGUGGAUCAGAUACCACGUUGGAGGAGAUAGAGGUUGGACACAGGGGCGUCAGUAAGCAUAUUGGCGUGCCGAUUAUUUGGGUAGAAGAUAUCAGAUUAUUAUCACACAAUGAUAAAACGCCGUUUAUUUUUGCACACGAGUUCUUUGAUGCUUUGCCAAUUCACGCUUUUGAAUCGGUUUCACCUGAUCCAAACUCAAAACCGCAGCAGAUCAUGACGCCGACUGGCCCGAUCAACAUAGACAAUGCCAAUUCGGCGCAGGCCCAUGCUUCCACUCCACAGUGGCGCGAACUGAUGGUGGCACUCAACGCAAAAUCCGUUGUUGAAGACCAGAAAGACCAGCCGGAAUUCCAGCUCUCCCGGGCCAAAGCCGCUACCCCCAAUUCAUUAAUUCUACCUGAGAUUUCGCAAAGAUACAAAUCCUUGAAGUCUCAGCCAGGUUCUAUCAUUGAGAUUAGCCCCGAGAGUCGUAUUUACAUGGCUGAUUUCGCUCGUCGAAUUGGUGGAUUCACGCCAUCUCCAAAGAAAACACCAACGAGGAAGCCCGGUGAAGUAGCACCAAAGGAGCCGAUUGAGAACACCGAUACACAAGCCCCAAAACCAAGGCCGUUAGGAGCAGCAUUGAUUCUAGACUAUGGAACAUCUUCAACCAUCCCAAUGAACUCUCUCCGUGGAAUUCGACAACAUGCAAAAAUUUCCCCUUUCGCAUUACCAGGCCAGGUAGACGUCAGCGCCGAUGUGGACUUUACCAGCUUAGCCGAGGCUGCCAUCGAAGCUAGCGAGGACGUCGAAGUUCACGGACCAGUGGAUCAGGCCGAUUUUCUCCGGUCAAUGGGCAUUGCGGAGCGUGCAGAGCAGCUGCUGAAAGAAGUGAAAGACGAGGAAAAGCGAAAGAAUAUAGAGAGUGCCUGGAAACGAUUGGUCGACAGCGGACCAAACGGAAUGGGUAAGUUGUAUAAAGCUCUAGCAAUCAUCCCGGAGAACGGUGGCCGGAGGAGGCCAGUCGGUUUUGGGGGUGGUGUUGUGGGUUGA